GUGAGUGCCGUAGCUCUGGACAGAGGUAGCUCGCUCGCAGAGGUGCUGGGACGACAGAGGUGGCCCUGUCCCGCGCCUAGUGGCCCCGCCGGACCAUGGCAUGGGCACAGGGGGGUCUGACAUCCUCGCUCUCCAUCGUCAUCACGUUGACUGCCUGCCUCUCUGCCACCACCAGCGAAGUGAACUUGCUAGACACGUCAACAAUCCCGGGGGACUGGGGCUGGAUGACUUAUCCCUCACAUGGGUGGGAUUCGAUCAAUGAGAUGGAUGAGUUUUUCAGCCCCAUCCACACCUACCAGGUCUGUAAUGUCAUGACCCCCAACCAGAACAACUGGCUACGGACCAACUGGGUUCAGCGGGACGGCGCGCGGCGGGUCUACGCGGAGAUCAAAUUCACGCUGAGGGACUGCAACAGCAUGCCAGGUGUGCUGGGCACCUGCAAGGAGACCUUCAAUCUCUACUACAUGGAGUCCGACCGGGACCUGGGCACCAGCACCCGGGAGAGCCAGUUCAUGAAGAUCGACACGAUCGCAGCGGACGAGAGCUUCACCAACGUGGACCUGGGGGUGCGGCGCCUGAAGCUGAACACGGAGGUGCGGGGCGUGGGGCCACUGAGCAAGAGGGGGUUCUACCUGGCCUUCCAGGACAUCGGGGCAUGCAUUGCCAUCGUCUCGGUGCGGGUGUACUACAAGAAGUGCCCGGCUACAGUGAGGAACUUGGCAUCCUUCUCUGAGGCCGUGACUGGGGCGGACUCGUCCUCGCUGGUGGAAGUGCGGGGAGAGUGUGUGGGCCACUCGGAGGAGAGGGACACCCCCAAGAUGUACUGCAGCGCCGAGGGAGAGUGGUUGGUGCCCAUCGGGAAGUGCGUGUGCAGUGCUGGCUACGAAGAGCAGCGGGAUUCCUGCAUGGCCUGCCAGCUGGGAUUUUACAAGUCGGCCCCUGGGGACCAGCUGUGUGCCAAGUGCCCCUUGCACAGCCACUCGGAGAGCCGGGCAGCCCGUGUGUGCCGCUGCGACAGCAGCUUCUACCGGGCGGUGCAGGACCCGCCCUCGGCCGCCUGCACACGCCCUCCCUCUGCUCCCGUGAACCUGAUCUCCAGCGUGAACGGCACCUCGGUGACCCUGGAGUGGGGUCCCCCCCUGGACAAGGGGGGCCGUGCCGACGUGGUGUACAACGUGCUGUGCCGGCGCUGCGCGGGGGACACGGGGCCGUGCGAGGCCUGUGGCAGCGGCAUCCGCUUCGUGCCCCAGCAGAUGAGCCUGGUGCAGGGAGCACUGACUGUCACCAACCUCCUGGCACACACCAACUACUCCUUCUGGGUGGAGGCCGUGAACGGCGUCUCCGACCUCAGCCUGGAGUCCAGGAGAGCCGCAGUCGCCAACAUCACGACAAACCAGGCAGCCCCGUCGCAGGUGGUGGUGGUGCAUCAGGAGAGCACGGGCCAGAACAGUGUCACCUUGCUGUGGCAAGAGCCAGACCAGCCCAAUGGCAUCAUCCUGGAGUAUGAGAUCAAGUACUACGAGAAGGACAAGGAAAUGCAGAGCUAUUCGACUCUGAAAUCCAAGAGCACCACUGCCACCAUCUCUGGGCUCAAGCCUGCAACCCGCUACAUCUUCCAGGUUCGGGCUCGCACCUCGGCCGGCUGCGGGAGGUUCAGUCAGACUGUGGAGGUGGAAACAGGGAAGCCAGUGUCCCUCCGCUACGACACGAUGACGAUUGUCUGGAUCUGCCUGACGCUCAUCACUGGCCUCGUCGCCUUGCUGGUGGUCCUGAUCUGCAAGAAGAGGCACUGCGGGUACAGCAAGGCUUUCCAGGACUCUGAUGAGGAGAAGAUGCAUUAUCAGAAUGGGCAAGUGAAGUUCCCUGAGUCCAAGUUCUAUGUGGAUCCCCACGCCUACGAAGACCCCUGCCAGGCCGUGCAUGAGUUCACCCGUGAAAUAGAGGCCUCCCGGAUCAAGAUCGAGAAGGUCAUUGGGUCUGGGGAGUCUGGAGAGGUGUGCUAUGGCCGCCUGAAGCUGCCAGGGAAGAGGGAGAUUCCCGUGGCCAUCAAGGCACUAAAGGCAGGCUACACGGAGAAGCAGAGGCGGGACUUCCUGAGCGAGGCCAGCAUCAUGGCACAGUUCGACCACCCCAACGUCAUCCACCUGGAAGGGGUGGUGACCAGGAGCAAAUUGGUAAUGAUUGUUACUGAAUACAUGGAGAACGGCUCGCUAGACACCUUCCUCAGGAAACACGACGGGCAGUUCACCAUCAUCCAGCUGGUGGGGAUGUUGCGUGGCAUCGGAGCGGGCAUGAGGUACCUGUCGGACCUGGGCUACGUGCACCGGGACCUGGCUGCCCGAAACAUCCUGGUCAACAGCAACCUGGUCUGCAAAGUGUCUGACUUUGGCCUCUCCCGCAUCCUGGAGGACGACCCCGAUGCUGCCUACACCACCACGGGGGGGAAGAUCCCCAUCCGCUGGACGGCUCCGGAGGCAAUCGCGUACCGCAAGUUCUCCUCGGCCAGCGACGUGUGGAGCUACGGCAUCGUCAUGUGGGAGGUGCUGGCCUAUGGCGAGCGGCCCUACUGGAACAUGACCAACCGGGACGUGAGUGGGCGCAGGGCGGCGCGGGGACCAGCCUGCCCCUCCUCCGGCCCUGCCCCAGGCCAGCCCAGCACGGGGCUGGGCAAAAGGGGCCCAAAGGUCAUUAACUCUGUGGAGGAAGGCUACCGCCUGCCUGCCCCCAUGGGCUGCCCCACCACCCUGCAUCAGCUCAUGCUGGACUGCUGGCAGAAGGACCGCAGCGAGAGGCCGCGCUUCUCCCAGAUCGUCUGCAUCCUGGACAAGCUGAUCCGCAACCCUGACAACCUCAAGUGCACGGCCACCGUCAACAGGUUCACCCAAACACACUCGGACAGGGGUCUCCUCGACCUGACCAGCUGCUUGACUGUGGAGGACUGGCUGGACUCCAUCCGGCUGGGGCACUACCGGGACAACUUUGCCAUGGCCGGGUACUCCUCCCUGGGCAUGGUGAUGCGCAUGAACAUCGAGGAUGUUCGGAGUCUGGGCAUCACCAUGAUGGGCCACCAGAAGAAGAUCUUGAGCAGCAUCCAGGCCAUGAGAUCCCAGCUGCUGAACACAAACGGCCCCAGGAGACAUCUCUGAUCACCAGCUCCGCAGACACACAUUGGGCAUUCCUUAACACUUACCCUGGCAAAGGGGCAGCAGGGUAGUGAGCGGGAAAAGGGGAACCAGACCAGGAGCUGGAACCCUGCCAGCAUCUCUGAUUUCAGCAUGGGUGGAAACAUGGCAUUCCAGAUACCUCGGUGGUCCUGCUGCCUCCUUCCCCCACCUGAAGGAGGGAGCAGCCUUCCAAGUGGGCCAGGGACAUGUCAUGCCUCUCUGCUAUGUCCCUGUGGGACUGGGGGUCUCCACACGAUUGUUCAGGACAGGUGGAAACCCCUUCACACAGCAGGAUGGUCCCAGCUACACCUGCAGGUGGAGGGGGAUCAGACACAUCAGCAAUACCAGGAGGAGUGGGACUGGGCUUG